ACUAAUGGUAGAGUUGGUUUGGAAAUAGAAAAUAAAGUAUUUACAUUCUCAAUAUUCUCACGUCCGAGUUACAGCAAAGACACGUUACGUAAACAUGUUCUGCGACCCAUUUACUGCAGUGAGAAAAUGGACAAAAGCGGCGAUAAACUCGUAAACAAUGCAGAAUUCAUUACAACCAAAAGCUUACGUAAAAAAUAUUUAAUGCGWUUUUAAUAAAUAGUUGUAGAAAGUGAUUAUCGCAACAAUACUGUCAACGCGAAAGGUUAGCGYUAGCUUGACAGCAUCAAAUAAGUGGACCAUCUGCUUCGUUUUUUAUCACAUUUUGCCUUGUUUUUAAGGUAAGAUAUUUUAACACAUCAGUAUUAGUAGUGUCAUUCMCAUUAAGGGUCGUAGAUAAAAACAUGUUUUAUAAAAGAUGGAUGUUUUAACUUGGUAGUUGUUUACGCCUGUCACUGUCAGCUGCGCAGGAAGAACCCGCGGUAAGGUAACAUUAGCUAAAUGUUUGACAGGAUUAUAGACAUGCAGACACGCUCUGUAGGGCUAUUUAAUAUUUAUUUAUUAUUGGGACAUGGCUUCUAUACUUAAGUACAGCACUGCGUUUCAACUUGACCAUGUAUGCACAUAAUACACGAGUUGUACUGUACUUUGCUUUAAACGCAGGUAUUUUUAUAUAAACUGUUGGUUUCUCCCUGCACACAUGGAUGCUGCGGACAACAUGGGGAGUCUAAAUCACAUGGUGGAGACUGUGGUGCUGAAUGAUGAUCCUGCUCCUGACAGCUCCAACACACAGAAAGAUGCUUCGCCUGCAGACAUGCUGAGAAUAAAACAGCAGAUGUCCAACCAGUGUUUUGAGAUGGCGAUGCAUGUCAGUGCAGGAAAAGGUAAAAAGACCUGCAGUGCAUCAGAAGCAGAGAGAAACUUGCCAGACUACAUCAGUGAGCUUGAACGGGUAAAAACGGCUCAUUUCAACAGCACGUUGGCACUGCACAGAAUGCAGACGUGGCACUCUUUAGGAGAGAAGAUGAUGCAGAGCGACCCAGAAGCAGAUGCCCUGAGAGCUGUGAGUGAUCGCUGCAUGGCUCUGUGCUCACGGAUAAAAGAACUUCAGGAAGAAACGAGAUGUCUGCAAGACGAAAUUACAGAAAUACAGAAGAGCAGACUUGAUAUGAAACGACUCACACAUGAGAAGAUGAAAGAGAUGGAAGAACUAACGUCGAAGAAGGAGCACGCAGACGCAGAAAAAUACAAAGCUGUGUUGGAGAAAGGCCAGGAGAAUCUGGAGAAGUAUAAAAAGAUGGCCAUCAUGACACAGAAUGUUCUCAGGGGCAUCCUGUUGGCUUGUAAAGUCAACUGGCUGGAUGAUCCUAAACUUCGAGACAUCGCUAUGACGCUGGAAGAGUUUCCUAUUUCUGACUAGAGACUAAAAGUCAUUUUAUUUCAUUUGUAUAAAAGAUCCUGUCUUGUAUUGUCUAAUAAAUACCCUUUAUCUGUAAAGCUGA